ACAGCGGCGGCGGUCGGCGGCGGGUGGCAGCGGAAAGACGAGCCGUCUCCUGAGAUGGAAGGAGAGGCGGAGAUGGAAGCGGAGGCGAGGGGAAAGAGUGUCGGAGAGGGCAUCGAGCAUGCCACGGGAACCCAGGGCAGGGAGCAAAAAUAAAAGAAAAGAGGCGGCGGAAAGGUGAGGAUCAUGAGAGAUCGGGUUCCUGAGAUGGAAGGGAAGGUGAAGUGGAAGAGCGCCGAAUCCAGGAAGGGCAUCGAACAUGCUGCGAGGAGGAAGCACGUGAAGUCAUUAUCGGAGAUCAAGUCGGCGACGAAGAAGGUUGCGGCUGAGCUCUACCCCUUGCUUGAUGUUCUUGGAAGGCACAUCAUGAGUCUGGAAGACGGGCCGGAGCAACGGUUUAUGGAGGCCAGGGGCCACAUGGAUAAGAUGUACAAGGAGGUGACGGAAUGGUUGAACACGAAGGGGAUCCAGACUAGGGCUGAGGUGAUGGAAUGGCUGGAGACGAGGAGGGUCCAGAUUUAGGACUCAAGACAAGGUCGAGUCAGUAACGUACACGCAGGCCAUGUGGAUCUACUUCGUGAACCAAUUCAGUUUGAUCUUCCAUGAGUUGGAGCAACUUCACGCCAUGUUUGGUAAGAUGUAACUACUUGGUUCCGUUUUGGAGUCCAAACCAAUCUCCGAGCUGCUCAAGGAGUCGCGGGAAAACCUCAAAAGAAUAAAGCUGGAGACCAAAAAAAAUUGGAUGAAAUAGAGGAGGCCAGAGAGACGGACGAGGCACCACCGAGAAUCUCCAUGGAGGCUGUGAAGGGAACCAUGGAGAGCGACGAGUUGCCAGAGAGGAUUUCCACUUCAGAAGAUACAAAAUGAGAGAUUGACGAAGCCAAGGAGAUGGGAGAGGAAGGCGAGGUGAGGGAUGAGGUGGCAAAGUUGGAUAUUGAGGAAGCUGAGGGGAUGGAGGAGAAGAUGCAGACUGGGCCGUUCUUUGAUAUGUACUGUGGCGGCUUGAAAGCGUGUUGGUCCUGGUUCUUCAGCAGUCCCUGCAAAGAUACUACGUCAUUCAGUCCUAUGCACUUCACACGCAUUACACCGGGAAGCCCCUCUGAUGAUGCUGUCAUUGCCAGCACCCUGCAGAUUUUCUUUGUCAAAGUCGCAGAAAUAAAAGAAGCUCUUGAGUUUAAUUGGCCACUGCAUGUGUACGGCAUGGUUGCGGUCCGAGAUACCAUCGAUCACAUUCUCUUCCUCCGUGAAAGGCGUGAUUGCCAAAUACUGACUCAAAAGGAUCCUUGUUUGCAGUUGACUGGCCCGUCUCACGCAGUUGUUUCUAUAGAUCCUGUUGACUUUGAAAUCAAGAUGAAAGUGAAGGGCAGAAGCAGGUCAGAAGAUAGAAUGCUGAUCCAUCAGACCUUCAACUACAGUGCUAAUGAGACCACUCUGUCGAAUGACUUCUGCAAAAUUAUGUUACGGUGUGCGAAAUUGGAAAAUACAGUCCAAGGAACUAUAGUGAGUGUCCGUGUUACUAAUUGGAGGAAAAGGAAAUGGCCUUUUAAACAUGAUGGUAGAGUUAGUUGCAUUGCCAAGGGAACUUCUAAGCCCAUUAAACCCGAGCAACCUGAAGAAGAGCUUGUACUUCAAGAUCAAGUGAUGGCUAACAGUUCAGAUGGUUACAUUGAUCUGUCAAGGCAUGUUGUUUCUGUAGAGUUAAAUGGAAGGCUGGAAGUUAUCAUCAGUGCCGACAAAUCACAUGCCCGCAAAUCAUGUGGUCGUGUCUUCUUUCCAGCCCAGGAAAGCAAAGUAAGUCGGUGCACAUGUAAUCUUGGCUCCCAUACGGUGGAGGUUACUGUUGCUUGGUCCUUGCUUAUUAGAGACAAGCAGUAUUUCUCGAGGGAGGGAUGUGUUGAUGGCCAGACGUUCGAGCAUACUGUAAAGAUCCGGGCGAGGAAGCAUGUGGUGACAACAUCGGAGACUCAUUCAGCCACAAAGAUAGUUCAGGCUAAGAUCUACUCCUUACUCCAUCUUUUCUCUGAGAACGCUGUGAAUCUGAAACCCGAACCGAAACUGAGGAUUAGCGACUAUAGCAUUAGUGAGAUCCAAAUCCACAUGGAUAACAUGUACACCGACCUGACGAGUUUGCUCCAGAUGAUGGGCAAAUUGCAGAACAGGGAGGUUCUGGGCAAAGAGCCAGUCACGGAAAAGAUGGGUGUGAAGGGGAUCCACAUUAGGACCGAAGACAGUGGCGAAUCAGCAACGAAGAUGCAAGCAUCGAGGACCUACUACAACUACGGAUUGAAUGCGAUCUUCAGUGGGUUGGAUCAGCUCUGCACCCAGUUGGAUCAGAUGGGACAUCUUAGCAACAAAUCCCCAUCAUUCUCCGAGCUGUUCAAGGAGCUGCUGCACGAUGUGUCGCCGAUGAGUUCCUCUUCCAUGGAGACAAAAUUGGAGACAGAGGAAGUCGAGGAGAUGGGAGAGGAUACCAACAUGGACAAGGAGUAGACUGAUGAGGAGUUCUUUGCUAGGUACCGCAGCGGCUGGGUAUCGAAUUGGUCUAGAUUCCACGGUUCCUUCGCAGAGACGACGUCAUUGAGUCCUAUGCACUAUACACACAUUACACCGGGACAACGCCCAUUGGCUGCUCUCAUUGAUAGCAUUUUGCAAAUCUACUCCCUCAAACUCGCAGAAAUAGAAGAUGGUUCUGGCUUGAAGUGGCCACUGGAAGUGUACGGCGUGGUUGCUGCAAGAGAUAGCGUGGAUCACAAUCGCAACAUUCUCUUCUCCCGUCGAAGGAGUAACUGCCAAAUACUCACUCAAGAG